GCCUCAUCAGUGGAAAAUUUCCAAAAAUUUUUGAUCUUGGUAACGAUCUUUUCACAGUUAUGAUUGUAGUAAAGUGCGAAUUUGAACUAACCGCAAUGAAAAUGAUUCCUUGAAAAGAAUCGAAGCUGAUGGAUAAAUUCAUUAGAAAAACUGAGUAACCAUAGAUGGAGUUACUUGCAAUGAACUGAUGUGAUUCUUAUCGACUGAUGGUUUUUACUGGGAAGUUUUUUGCUAGGAUGUGAUUAAAUUUUGUUCUGUUAAUUUAUCAUUAAAUCUACUUGAUUUCUGUUUAGUUAAACUUAAUUUCCAUUAAAUCGUCAUGUUUUUGGUCCUUGUUACGUGUUUUCUUCCAAGGAAAAUAAACAAUUGAAACAAUUUAUCACCGAUUGAUUAUGUGAAUGAAAAUGACCAAAAGGAGAAAUGAUGAAGCUGAAGAAGAGAAGGAAUCAAUUCCUUUACCAAUACAAACCUUCCUUUGGAGACAAACAAGUCCUUUCAUCAGACCCAAAUUUGGUAAACAACAAGAUGCUUUGGCUAUGGAACAACGAGAAGCAUGUAAAUCGUUUGAAAAGGUUCUCGUUCAGAACAUACAAUUUGGUCUAUCACCAAGUCUAACCGAUGCUAUUAAAAGUAUCUCAAGAUGGAAACUUAUUCAAGCCUCUUUGCCUCAUGUGAUGCAUUGUUGCUCAGCUUUACUUUACAAUCGGAAGAACAGCAGCCUCGAUAAACUCGGUGCAGCGGAGACCAAACUGUUGUACACCUUACAUUGGAUUGUCCUCGAUGCGGCUGAAGAAUGUGCUGAUGCUGAAGCUGAACAAGGAAUCAAUCGUCCGGUUGACCAUUAUCUUCUUCCAAUAACAACAAUUGAGCUUUUUGUUUACCUUUUCUCUCCUCUCAUCACUUACCUUAAAAAUUCAGACUUUCUUACAAGCUUUCGGCUGGAAAAUGGACACAAAUUGUGGGGUCCAUUGUUUAACUAUCAGCAUCCAGAUAUCCCAAGUUUUGUUGCUCAGGUCAAACCCAAACGGAAUAUACUUCGAGCCUCACGGUUUGAAGGUAAAUUCCGACCCAAGUUCGGUGAUGUUUUCAUUGGAGCUGAUGAUAAAAUCGAAAGAGGUAACAGGCUGCAAGUAAAACGAACUGAAAAGUUAACUAGUCCCGUCCAUGGAUCUAAAUACAAUGAAGCAAUGGGUAGAUCAUCAAUCCCACCAUUAGCUUCCAAAGAGAAUGCUCAUGACGAUAAAAGUGAGAUACGAAAGGAAAUCGAUGGAAUUGAGAACAAACGUUUAUUAGAGCCUAUGAUGGCCACAUAUCUCGAUGUUGCGACUUUAAGGUGUCUAUUCACAUCCCAAUGGUUAGAAGAGGGUAUUCAUUGGAGUCUCAAUUAUUUCAUCAAAAGACUCAAAAGUAUUCAGAAACAGAUCAACGAAUUAGAUUAUCAGCGUCCUCGAAGUUCAUCUCUUCCUAUUCAAAGUAUAAGUUUGUUCAAUUAUGGUCUUGAAAGUUCGAUGAAGAUUGAAUAUUCGGGAGCAAAUUAUGAUCCGUGUUUAUUUCCGACCUGUUUAACCUCUUCCAGUCGAGUGGCUUCAUUUGCAGAGCUACGACGAUCUUCAUUCAGUGGUAUUGGUCUUAAUUGGGGUGAUUCAGGGAAUGGAAGCUCAGGUGGAGGCGGAGGUUGUGGUAAUCUAGCUAAUUCUAACUCUAAUUCUAAUACUUCAACUGGACUGUUUCGUGGAUCGUUAAUACGAGGUGUCUCUGGAGGCUCAAAAAGACAAAAAACCAGAGAAACACCAAAAAAUAUAGUCGAGUCAACAAGUAGCAUUAAACAUCACAAUGAUCAAUCAAACGAGCAAUCAUUUUCGCCUUAUCUUCAUCAUACUUCAAAUUCAAUUCAACGGAAGAAUAAUCAAUCUCUGGGAGAUAAAUCACCGUCGAUUAAUCAACAUUCUGUUGGUAAGAAACACGAUGGAAAAAAACCUCACCCACCUCGACCUAAAUCAGCUCUCGGGUUCCAUGGAGAAUCAGAUUCAACCAAAGAUUCUAAAUGGUGUAAACUUAAGUUCGAGCUGAUUCGAGGCAAGAGUAUGCCUUCACUUCAUUUAUUUGAUUCCGAUAAACAUGGUUCAGAUUCACCGAGUUUAGAGAAAGUUUCACAUUUAUUUGAUUCGAAACUUUCUUUCAAACGAGUAACAUCAAUUGGAGGAAUGAAUCUUAAUCUUGGCGAUCGAGGAGGAGGUGAAAGUACUAGUGCGACAGGUGAGACCAGUGGUAAUGUUGGUCAGUGUACAUUCAACGUGCCCAAUCCAAUCAUUACGGUUACCGAACACUCACCUGUUGCAUCGGUCCAGUUCUUUAUUAAUCAAGACACUAAUGAUAGUAUACGAGAAGAUGAUCGAUCUGGAUUUGGAGGGCGAUCUAUUUGUUAUCCACCUUGUAGACAAUAUUCAAUAACUCGAAGUCAAACCGAUUCUAAUAUAACUUAUUUUACUGAUCCAUCAAACGAAGCGCCGGGAUCAGUUCAUUAUAUCGCUCGUUCAGGCCAAUUAAGUUUACUUGUGAUCUUGAAAGCUGUCCACUCGGUCAGUUUACGUGAUAAUGUUUGCUCUAAACGCGUUUGUGAGGGUAUUAUUAGUAUCCUUGAUUCACUUAUAACGAUGGGUUUACUUCAUAAUUAUAAUGCACCUGAUCCACCCGAUAUGUUAACCAGUACCUUUGAUGGAUCACCUAAUACAAUUCAAAAGUUAAAACUGACCUCAAGUGAGGAGCUCAAUGUUUAUCAAAUUUUUUUGGACACAGUGUUGAAAGUUUACCGUAAUCUUGGAUGUCCAUACUCUUGUCAUGAAGGUCACACUUCGGGUCAAUCAGAGUCUGGAAGAAAAGAAAUUGUUGACAUGUUAACGCUCCUUUAUCAUACUAGUGAGACCGAAUUCAACGAUUUUCUCAAGGAUAUGGUCGUUCGUCGGCCACUUCAGGAAGUUAUCGACACUUUUCAUGCUUUUCUUGGCUUUUGCUCAGAACGAUCUCCAAUUAUUUCCCCCAAUAGCUCAACUCGAAACCGACCGGUCAAUGGCUUAUGCAGUGGACUCUCAACUGGACCCGCACUAUCAACUGGUGGACUCUCAGCUCACUUAGGUAACCAUGUAAAUAAAGAGCAUGGACGAACAGGGUAUGCGAAUAAUUUUGGUGCAGGAUUCAAACGAAUAGGAUCAUCUGGAGUCGAAGGGGUGAUUAUCGGUUGUGUAUUCAAUUCCUUGAUUACUCGACUAGGGAUGGAAAAAGAGCUGAAAGCCCAAGAAAAUAUGUCCAUGUAUUGUGAUAUAAGGCAGUUAAUUGGUUACAUUCGAGACAAUCAUGGAGGUACAUUUCGACGAGUGGCCUUAAGUGGCCUUUUAGAGAGUCUUGAAAGUGUCACUACUCGUAAUAAAUCAGCUUUUGAAUCUGGUCGACCUCUUCCAGGUCGAUCAGGUACUUUAGGGAAAACAAGUGGCAGUGAACCGGAUGUUGGUUCUGACCUCAGAACUGCAUAUACACCAAGUCCUUUCAUGUUCACUGGAACUCCAAUUGAAACUGUGGAAAGUGAGAAACACUCAUCUAAUCGAAAGUCUUUCUUUCGCAAAAAGAAUAGUAAUGUCGGGAUUAAAAAAGCUCCAAGUAAUCAAAGUAUUGUCGAUGAAUAUCCCAACUACACAUGGCCUGGUGGAGGUACCGGCGCUGGAACUAAUACUGUAAAUGCACCAAUUUCUGUAGGAGGUGACGGAGGAAGUGGAAUUGGUGGUGUUAAUUUGGGAACAUCAAACAACCUUCCUUCGAGUCACUCAAGUACACCCGCCUUACUUAAAAUAAACAGAUCAGCCUCACCUCGAAUGAGUAUCACUGAUGACGAUCUAUUGUCUCAGAAAUCAAGCAAAAUGCCCGUCGGACAAAUGGAUAAUAAAAACGAAUUCAAUCUAGUCAACUGGUUAAAAGGGGAUCGAUCGGGCAAAGGCGUUUGUGUGGGAACAGGUCAACCCGAAGGUUUUCUUCACCAAUCAGAGAUUCAAUCUUCUGGAUUAGGAAUAAUCUCAAACUGUAGCCAAGGACCAAGUGUAUUAGCUGGACCGAUUAGUGCCUUAUACAACGAAAGCAUCCUCAAUGUAUCUGCGAAUGGUGAUAAACUUUCUCGUCGAUCAAGUUUUCAAAAUCGAACACCGAAAAUGGUUGGAAAAUCAGCCAGCCAUGUUGGGUCAACAUUUCUGAAAGCUCGUAAGCGAAUGGAAGAUCAGUUCAAAAAUGUUUUUGGUAAAGGAAAAAAUAAGCAAGGAAGUUUCGAAGAUAAUCUGGACACACUUAAAAGAAGGGACUCAUUUGAAAUGGAAGGAAACUAUCGAGCCGAAGAGACAAUUUCUUAUCGAGAUAAUCGAUUGAUCUGUAUGCCAGCGAUUCGUAAUGGGAUGAUUAAGUUUUCUUUUCUUUUGGAAACCUGUGCACCAGGAACGCUUCCUGAUCCACCAUUAAUUGCCGCCGUUCUUGAUAUUAAGGCUCCCGUUUUGGCUCGAGCUGCUUUCUUUCUUGAAUGUGCUCAUUUCGUCCAUAGGUGCAACAAAGGUUCGUGGCCAAGUUGGAUGAAGUUGAACUUUCCCAUCUUUCGACCUGGAACUGCCAAAAGUGGUUCUGGGUCAUGUCUACGUGAUAGAGCUUCCCAAAGUCUUCAUCGAAAUGCUGGACGAAUGUUUUAUCUUUGGGCAGAAGCGCUGGGAGCUCAUAUUGAAGAGAUAAUUUUCAAUGAGAAAAAUGUCUCGAAAGAUGACGAAUCCAAUGCGAAUUUGGACGAAAAUAAGAGAAAACAAUUUCGAAGUGAAGAUGAAAAUGAAGAAUUUCUCAUUGAAUCGACAACCGUUGGUCAAACUGGUAACGAUUGUCCAUUCUCAUUGAAAAUGUCCGCUUGCUGUCUGCUUCUCGAAAUAACCACUUUUCUUAGAGAAACUCAUCAGUAUUUACCCAAUCGUGCCUCGAAAUCAUCGAUAAGACAGCCUAGCACAUUUGAAACUCGAACCAUGACCGCUAAUAGACGUUGGUCAAUGGCCUUGUCCAGUCUUGGCUUCAGUCAAACUUCAGCUCACAGUCUAAUGUCCCUUGCUGAGCAAAACUAUGGUCAACCGCUUCAUGGAGGUGAACGGAGGAUUAGUUUUGUAUUACAUGAGGCCGAUGGUGAAAAUAAUUCUGAUCACAGUAGUAAUACAACUGUUACUGGGACAGAAGGUGAUCAUACCGGUCAAGGAGUGAAUAACGGACCAGGAGCUGGGAACUUUAAUGAACCAACAAAAUCACUGAAAAGAUCAUCUCAAAGCUCUAGUCAGGCAGUUCGACCAAAUCUACUUCGUCGUGCAACUGGAACAGCGUCAAACAGUCCACACAAUGGAAGCUUCAAACGUCGAAGUAUAAAGUUAAAACGAAAUCAAGCUGACCGGCGACCUAAAAGAGCAUCAACGAUGGUACCUGAAGAUGAUGAAGAUUCCGUUGGGUUAACUAGCAAUUUAAUCCAGAGAGCGGAUAGUUUGAAGUCAAGACGAAAAGUGAGCGGAAUCUCAGAGAAAAGUGAUACAAGUGAGAGAGCAGAUGUGAGCGGUGAAGAAUCGCCUGGUGUGAUGUCCGAUGAUGGACAAAACUGUGACCCUAGUGAUAUGUUAUCAGCUGAUGACACGGAGAUAACUCAUAAUAUGCCUUGGCUUAAAGUCAUCAUCAAUGUCAUCAACUCUCUUGAUUUUGAAUGUAGUCAUAAAAAUAACUGUACAGUCAAUUGUUACCAUCGGUCAAUGAGAUCAUGUUCGAAGUUGAUUAAGGUGAUCAGAAAAGUUUACGAGGAACCAAAUGAUACCCCUUCUCUCGAGACCAUAGUUAAAGUUAUCGAUGAUAAGGAAGAUGCUCUUAAAAAGGAGAAGAAAUUUAAGAAAAUCAUCACUGGACCAAGUUCACCAUUGAGACGGAAAUUGAGCUCAUCUCAUAAUGCCGACCGAUAUGUAGAUAGAGAUAAUUUUUUCAAGACUCAUUCUUUGCACAGUUCAACUGGAUUUUUGUCCCAUCACGAUGUUGAAGCGGGAACAGGAUCAGGUUGUGCUGACCCUUGGAAACGAUUUGGUUCAGAUAAAUUGACUUGUCAAUCUAAUCCAAGUUUGAUUUUCAUCAACAAUCAUGUUAAAAAUUUAUUCCACACUUCGAUUUCAGCGCUGAUUAAAGGGUUUCUCAAUCUAUCGUCACCAUCAAUAAAUUCACUUCUUUCAUUGUCAUGGAAAAUGAUUCUCGAGACUGAUCAAGAUGUUCGAGCUUCGUGUUCUGUUGCAUUCAUUAUCUCAGCAGUUAGAAGUCCAGAUUAUGCUUCGAAGUUACUUGCUGACGAAUUAUCGUCUGAAGAUCCUUCCAAUAGAAUCAAAGCAAUUAAUAAAUUCUACGCUAUUUGGAGAGCUCGUCACCAGUGCUGGCAACGGAUGGAAGAAGGGGCUCACUUGACAUUCAAAGUGCCUCCGCCGGUGAUUGAGUUCACGUUGCCGUCACCGAAAAUUGCAUUACCCACCAUGCCAGUAGCCGAUCCACCUUGGAUGCCACCGACAAAGUCAAAAGGAGAAGUGACAAUAAGUCAAGAACAAGUUUUACAAAAGUCUUUUGUCACUGCGACCAAAACACGUCGAAAACAGCAAAUUGAAUUAGUUCACAAGGUCCUACAAGAUGAAGAGGCCAAACUUCGUGAAGAACGAGAAAGUUAUCGCAUAUCAUCAAUACCAACAUGCAAUGAAGCAGCUUACGAACCAGCACUUUUCAGAGCCGAUGAACCAGAAGAGGGCGAUGAAGAUGUCGCCAUUGAAAAACCCGCUUCGCACCACAAACAAGUAGCUCAAGCAAUAUUUCCUUCUUGUCUUUGCUCAGCAGCCAUCACAAUAAUUAAUCUACUCAAUGAUCCUCAGGUCAGUUGCACGGGAUCCGCAAUAUACGAGGUUGCAUACAAAGUGGUCUGGCAUUGUCUCGUUGAAGACACUUCUCUUUUCCUUCGCCAUCUAUUUGAAAAACUUACCCGUGAAGGUCAACAGAUGAUCUUUCAGAUACUUCGUCGUCUAAUCCGUUUCAUGCCUCGACUUCCCGCUCAAGCAGCUUACACUUUGUACAAUUACCUCAUCGGUUUCAUUAUGUUUUAUGUUCGUUCACCAAUCGAAGGAAGUCAAGAAAUGAUUGGCACAACUCUGUCGGUUCUUUGGCUCGUGAUACCUUCAGUUCACGGACUAUUCCUCAAAGAUCUGAAACAAGUUCUUCGAAAAGAACAAUGUGAUGCCACUCUUCUAAUAACUGCAAACGUUCCAAGUGCUAAAAAGGUUAUCGUCCACAGCAAUGAUGCUGCCACAAUUCCUUCCCAAUUUCCUAUUCACGAAGAUACACAAUUUUAUCAGGUUCUUAUCGAUAGUUUAGAUACAAUGAAUAUUGACUUAUCUCUUGUAAAUGAAUAUUAUCUUGUGGACACAAAAACAAAUCAAAUGCAUAAUUUAAAUGCCUACGUUCGAGAUUUUUAUUUCUUCAAACGAUCUCAAUAUCCACAAUUAUCGUUGGUACGAAUGAAUCCAAAUGAAGCCUACGAAAAACUUCAGGAUCAAGCAUUCAAAUUGCAAUUUGUGGAACUUGGAAAGACUUUAAUGAGCUUAUCAAUCGUUAAAUCUCAAUAUCUGGCAAUACAAAGGGUUUUGUUUCUCCAUGAAGAAUUGAUGAAAUUACCUGCAUUUCCCCGUAAGGCUCUGGAGGCUAAUUUCAAUUUGUACAAAGGUUCGAUGGGUAAACAAAUGCUUGGAAUGGACACUUUACAUAAAAUUGUUUGGGUCAAACUGGUCAGUCGAAUGUUGGAAGUUACCUCAGGAUUUUUCGCCCAAUCAGCUGAUAUUCAUUUGUUUCUUAAUGUGGUCAAUGGAGGUUUAGUCCUUCAUUGUGAAGACGCGGCUGUCCUAAGACUCUCAAUGGCCACUUUUCUAAAUGCUGCUCAUCAAUAAAAUAUCUUCUCAACCAAUGGCUACUUAUUAAUUAUGCCAACUCUCCUUCGUAUUUAUUCAAAUCAUCAGACCAAUGGUUUACUUUGUCGAACCAUCGAAUUUGUUUGUAAACAGUUUUACAUCUUACAUAGAAAACCUUUCAUACUUCAGAUGUUCGGAAGUGCCGCUCCGAUCUUGGACAUUGAUAGUACAACAUCGAUCGGUGAUGCUUCACAUCCAGCCAAAGCAUUUUUUCAGCUUCUUCAGUCGCUUGGUCAAUAUAUUGUUGACCCGUUAGAUAUACUUGAACUUGUAGAUACAGAGAAACCAUUGAAGGCUCUGGAUUUCUGCUACCAAAUGGACCCAGAAGCCUUAACUAUCUUGGAUGCAGUUUCACUGUGCGUAACUGUUGCCGCUUAUGCCGCUGAUUCGCAGCGUGGACAUCAAAUGUUGACGAUUCUGGAAACGAUACUCCCUUUAUUCAUGAAACAUAUGCAAAAUCUUACAAUGAAAAAAGAGACACCCGGUGGACCAAAAACAGAGCUUCAAAUGAUUCAUAACAUUUCUGUUUGUAUCAAAACACUUAUUCGCAAUUGUGAAGCUUUGACAAGGAAUUUUACUGGACCCCAACGAGCGAUUGAUCUCAGAGGUUCGAGUAUGAAAAAUACUUCACGAGGAGCUUAUUCUCCUCCAAUUGAUGUAGACGAAGAUAGUCAUUCAAAGUUUAUGGGUGAAAAUUAUUUUCCAACUCGCUCUCGGCAACAACAUGCUGACGAAGAUGCUGAUACAAUAAGAGCUGAUUUUCGGCGUCCCCGAGAUACUUUGCUUAAUAUAGUUACUGAAUUUUUGACUCGAUCAGCGAUUCGUUUAGCUGAUUUGAGUAAGAAAGUUCCUGAUUUACAUCAGAAAAAUUCGUCAUACGAGUUGCUGGACGUAAAAUGUCACCUUCGAUUAGCUGAAGUUGCUCAUUCUCUACUCAAAGUUAGUCCCUAUGAUCCACAAACAAUGGCCUGUCGGGGGUUAGUUCGUUAUAUGAAUGAAGUUUUGCCAAACUCUGAAUGGCGUCAGGAAUCAAUGAGACCAGCGUUGAUUAUGAUCUUACGUCGAUUAGAUAAAAUGUUUAAUAAAAUCGCAAAACAAGGGGCAGUCAAACGACUAACUGAUUGGGAAGCAGCUAAAAGAUUAUUGAAAGGAGUUUAUUCAACAUUCAUUAAGCAUCCAUAUAUUGUUCAUCUACCUCAUCUUAAAUCAUUAAUUGCUGUUGGCCAGAAUAUCAUCUUGGGUGAUUCUGGUAAUUCUGGAAUAAUUGGUGAUAAUAUUCCAAGUCAAUCAUCAUGGGCCAUGGCUCUGUCACAAUCUCCCCCUCCUGGAUUCUGUUCAGUUGCAGUCCGUCUGAUUGCAAUGCAAUUAUUACAAUUAGGUGAAACGCAAACACUUGAGACACUUUGUUCGGGAGCAUUUUCGAGUCCAGAAAAGACAGAAAUCUAUUUAUUGAACAUGAUCUAUCCGAUGUGUAUUCGAAUCUCUGGUGGACUCAACAAUUUGCCCAAACUUCGUCCCUGUGAUAUAACUUUUAUACUUUCUGUAAUACUCAACUCACUCAAUCCAUCUUCAUCUAAACCUGGAGGUGGAAGUGGAUCCAAAUCAGCUGAAUCUUCAUCUCUACUCUCUAAUCCCGCUUUUCAACCAUCACUUCAGCAAAUCGGACUUUUGGGUCUGAAAAUAAUGAUUGUUUGUUUCGAGAGACAAUUGUCAAAUGAUUGGUAUCGAAUUGCUCGUUGUAUUCGUGAAAAUGCCAAUAAGAACUUGAAAGGUGUCACUUUCUGGAACUUCAUCGAUUUUGUUGUUACUCAUCGAACUCCUCUUUUCGUUUUACUUCUUCCUUUAAUUCGUUACAAACUGUUACAAAAAAUAUGUAAUUAUGAUCAAGAAUAUUUUUAUCAACACCAAAUCCGUUGUAAAUUAGAAGGCCAAAAUAUGCCUCAUUGCCGCAGUCGAGGUCAACUAUUAGUCUGUCUUUUUGCUGAGCUUCGUGGUCUCAAAGAAGAUCUUGUCGCGAAAAAGAUGGGAAUUGAUGAGAAAACAAAGUCUUCUCAUGGGAUUGGUCAUCGUCCCAGUUUCACUUUACCUUCAUCCCUUCACCCUGGGGUAGCAAGAGGUCAACCAGCAGCUUCUUCAUCUCAAGCUUCAGCAGAAGAGGCAUCAGAUUAUACCGUUGAUAGUCAAUCAGGGACAGUUACUAGUCAACCAAAGCGUCCGUCGUUAUUGCGAGGACUAAGCUUUCGCAUUGAUCGAACCAAUUUGAAUAGAGGAACGAGUGUUAAACUUCCAGUAGAAAACAAUGACAAAGGAAAAUUAUUUGAUCGAUUUAUUCGUCGCACUAGUUACCCUUCUAACCCAGUAGAAACAGGAACAAAAAGUGAAAAACCAGAAGAAAAGCCGGAACAAACACAAUCAGAACCUCGACUGUUCCGUAAAUCUACAGCUGAAGCAAGAAAAUUGGCAAACAGACGGGAACAGAUGAAGAAAAAUAAUGAAAGCAAUAGUUUAGAAGAUGAAUCAAGUUCGAGAAAAGAAGACGAGAAAUCUGAAAGUUCUGAUCAAGACGCAAGUAAAACUGGCUUGAUUUCAUCUGAAAUUGAAGAUCCUGAUCGACCUAAACAUAGAUUACAACGUCAAAAAGCUCAAAGUAGGAAAACAUUUCGCUUUCGAAAAUCACGUAAAGGUGCUGGUUUUCUGCAUUCGUCCAACGAAACUGAUGGAACAACAGAAUCAAGCAAAGGCGAUCCAAUAUUAACUCCAACAACAAGACUGUUAACAUCAUCCGCAUCGUUACGAAUAAAACCAGUGUCAAGAGUAAUUACAUCAAUUGCAACCUCCAUUACCCCACCAACAACGCCGACUUCAUUAACAAGCCAAUCGUCAACAACCAUCCCAAGUCUGUCCAAGAAGCAUGAGAAGAAAAAAGAUGGUGACUUAAAUUCAUCAUCAAGCAAAAAUUUUGAUAACAGUGGAAACGAUGAAAAUCUUGUUAUCUUGGAUAAACUAACCUCCAUCCAAUCCGAUCAUGUGUAGAGCAAAUUAUUGAUCAACUUGAGCAAAUCAGUCUAUUUCCAAAGCUAAACCAUGAAACUGUGAACUUAUCAACUGUUGUCCAAGAGAAAUUAUUACACAAUCAAUUCGACAAUUAAUACAAAAAGGCCAAACAAAUAUCUAUCGAUUCGCAACAAAACGCAACAAGAUUAGGAUCAAACAAAUAUAAUGUACUUAGUCAAACAUUUUCUGUUUAAUCAACUUUCCAAUUAUUAUCGCAUCUUCCUUAUUCAAUGAGCCAAAAUUACAAUUGGCUAUUGUACGUCCCAAAAACUAGCAACGAAAAAAAAUCAUCUAUUAAUAAUAACAAAUACAAAUUUUCAGUUA